UUGGGGACACUCCCCGCCCGCCGCUGGCCACCUCUGCGCGCCACGUCCUCCCUCCCCGUCCUGCCCCCUGGGCUCCCCCCGGGCUAGGGGCGGGAACCGGCGGCCACGGCUGGACUCGGCGAGCCAGGCGGCUGCAGGCUCGGGCGGGGGAGCGGGGCGCGGCGGGAAGCAGAGGACGACCCGGUGCGUGUGGGCCAGCGGAGCGCGGAUAGCAAGUUGAGGGCAAUUCUCCAUGAAUGUACGUCACCAUGAUGAUGACCGACCAGAUCCCCCUGGAACUGCCACCCCUGCUCAACGGGGAGGUGGCCAUGAUGCCCCACUUGGUGAAUGGAGAAGCAGCCCAGCAGGUUAUUCUUGUCCAAGUUAACCCGGGUGAGACCUUCACAAUAAGAGCCGAGGAUGGAACACUGCAGUGCAUCCAAGGCCCCGCUGAAGUUCCCAUGAUGUCGCCCAAUGGGUCCAUCCCUCCCAUCCAUGUGCCUCCAGGUUAUAUCUCACAGGUGAUUGAAGACAGUACUGGAGUCCGCCGGGUGGUGGUUACACCCCAGUCUCCUGAGUGUUACCCACCAAGCUAUCCCUCAGCCAUGUCUCCAACCCAUCACCUGCCCCCUUAUCUGAGUCACCACCCGCACUUCCUUCAGAACUCGCACACGGCUUAUUAUCCGCCUGUCACCGUUCCUGGAGAUAUGCCACCGCAGUUCUUCCCCCAGCACCACCUCCCCCCGACAAUAUAUAGUGAGCAAGAAAUUAUCCCACUUUAUGGAAUGUCGAGCUACAUCACCCGAGAAGACCAGUACAGCAAGCCACCGCACAAAAAGCUGAAGGACCGCCAGAUUGACCGCCAGAACCGUCUCAACAGCCCACCUUCCACCAUCUAUAAGAGCAGCUGUGCAACAGUGUACAAUGGUUAUGGGAAGGGCCACAGCGCCGGAAGCAGUGGAGGCGUGGGAGGUGGAAGCGGAGGUGGACCUGGGAUCAAAAAGACGGAGCGAAGAGCCAGAAGCAGCCCAAAGUCCAGUGAUUCGGACUUGCAAGAGUAUGAGUUGGAAGUAAAGAGGGUGCAGGACAUUCUUUCGGGAAUAGAGAAACCACAGGUGUCAAACAUCCAGGCAAGAGCAGUUGUGCUGUCCUGGGCACCCCCUGUCGGACUGUCCUGUGGACCCCACGGUGGCCUUUCCUUCCCUUAUAGCUAUGAGGUUGCCUUAUCAGACAAAGGGCGAGAUGGAAAAUACAAGAUCAUUUACAGUGGAGAAGAAUUGGAAUGUAACCUGAAAGAUCUCAGGCCUGCCACUGAUUACCACGUGAGGGUGUAUGCAAUGUACAAUUCUGUCAAGGGGUCCUGCUCUGAGCCAGUCAGCUUCACCACCCACAGCUGUGCACCAGAGUGCCCCUUCCCUCCCAAGCUGGCGAACAGGAGCAGAAGUUCGCUCACCUUGCAGUGGAAGGCUCCAAUUGACAAUGGUUCAAAAAUCACCAGCUACCUUUUAGAAUGGGAUGAGGGAAAGAGGAAUAGUGGCUUCAGACAGUGUUUCUUUGGGAACCAGAAGCAUUGCAAGUUGACAAAACUCUGUCCAGCCAUGGGCUACACCUUCAGGCUUGCUGCUCGGAAUGACAUCGGCACCAGUGGUUAUAGCCAGGAGGUGGUGUGCUAUACACUGGGAAACAUCCCACAGAUGCCCUCAGCACCCAGGCUCGUCCGAGCUGGCGUCACCUGGAUCACACUGCAGUGGUCCAGGCCUGAAGGCUGCUCGCCGGAGGAAGUGAUUACGUACACCCUGGACAUCCAGGAGGACGAAAACGAUAACCAUUUCCACCCGAAGUACAGUGGAGAAGAUCUGACCUGUACUGUAAAAAAUCUCAAAAGAAGCACACAGUACAAGUUCAGGCUGACUGCUUCUAACAUGGAAGGGAGAAGCUGCCCAAGUGAAGUCCUGGUUUGUACGACCAGUCCUGACCGACCUGGACCUCCUACCAGGCCGCUCAUUAAAGGGCCAGUCACAUCGCAUGGCUUCAGUGUCAAGUGGGAUGCUCCAAAGGACAGUGGCGGCUCAGAAAUCCUGAAGUACCUGCUGGAGAUCACAGAUGGAACUUCUGAAGCUGGUCAGUGGGAAGUGGCCUACAGCGGCUCUGCUAUGGAGUAUGUCUUUACCCACUUGAAGCCAGGCACUUUGUACAGACUGCGGGUCUGCUGCAUCAGCACCGGUGGGCACAGUCAGUGUUCUGAAAGUCUCCCCGUUCGCACACUAAGCCUUGCGCCAGGUCAGUGCCGACCGCCGAGGGUUUUGGGUAGACCAAAGCACAAAGAAGUCCACUUAGAGUGGGACGUCCCUGCAUCUGAGAGUGGCUGCGAGGUCUCCGAGUACAGCGUGGAGAUGACAGAGCCUGAGGAUGUCGCUUCCGAGGUGUACCAUGGGCCCGAGCUGGAGUGCACAGUCGGCAAUCUGCUUCCUGGGACUGUGUAUCGCUUCCGAGUGCGGGCUCUGAAUGACGGAGGGUACGGCCCCUACUCCGACGUGUCAGAGAUCACCACCGCCACGGGGCCCCCUGGGCAGUGCAGAGCUCCCUGCAUCUCCUUCACGCCGGAUGGAAGCGUCUUGGUGGGGUGGGAGAGCCCGGAGAGCCCUGGUGCUGACAUCUCUGAGUACAGGCUGGAAUGGGGUGAAGAUGAAGAAUCCUUAGAACUCAUUUACCAUGGUCCAGACACCUGCUUUGAGAUCCAGAAUCUGUUGCCUGCUGCCCAGUAUUGCUGCAGACUACAGGCCUUCAAUCCCGCAGGUGCUGGGCCGUACAGCGAGCUUGUCCACUGCCAGACACCUGCCUCUGCCCCUGACCCUGUGUCCACGCUGUGCGUCCUGGAGGAGGAGCCCCUCGAUGCCCACCUGGACCCGCCCUCUGUGUGCCUUGUACUGAACUGGGAAGAGCCGUGCAAUAAUGGAUCUGAAAUCGUCGCUUACAACGUUGAUCUCGGACACACUAGCAUUACUGUGGGCAACACUACCACACACGUGAUAAAGGACCUCCUUCCAGAGACUACGUACCGGAUCAGAAUUCAGGCCGUCAAUGAGAUUGGAGUCGGACCUUUUAGUCAGUUCAUUAAAGCAAAAACUCGGCCAUUGCCACCCUUGCCUCCUAGACUGGAGUGUGCUGCAUCUGGUCCUCAGAGCCUGAAGCUCAAGUGGGGAGACAGUAACUCCAGAACGCAUGCUGCUGGUGACCUGGUGUACACGCUGCAGUUGGAGGACCGGAGCAAGAGGUUUGUUUCCAUCUACAGAGGACCCAGCCACACCUACAAGGUCCAGAGACUGACGGAGUCCACCUGCUACUCCUUUAGAAUCCAGGCAGCGAGCGAGGCAGGGGAGGGACCUUUCUCAGAAACUUACACCUUCAGCACAACCAAAAGUGUUCCUCCCACCCUCAAAGCACCUCGAGUGACACAAUUAGAAGGAAACUCAUGUGAAAUCUUAUGGGAGACGGUACCACCGAUGAAAGGCGAUCCUGUUAACUACAUCCUGCAGGUACUGGUCGGAAGAGAAUCUGAGUACAAACAGGUGUACAAGGGAGAAGAAGCCACAUUCCAGAUCUCAGGCCUCCAGAACAACACAGACUACAGGUUCCGUGUGUGCGCGUGCCGCCGCUGUGUGGACACCUCCCAGGAGCUCAGUGGAGCUUUCAGCCCCUCUGUGGCCUUUGUGUUACAACGACGCGAGGUCAUGCUUACAGGAGACAUGGGGAGCAUGGACGAUCCCAAAAUGAAGGGCAUGAUGCCUACUGAUGAACAGUUUGCUGCCCUCAUUGUGCUUGGCUUCGCAACCUUGUCCAUUUUAUUUGCCUUUAUAUUACAGUACUUCUUAAUGAAGUAGACCUGCAGACUAAAGGUAUGGAUGGGGCACCACCCAUUGAAUACACAUUUACUCAGAGCCUUCCCUUUCAGCCUUGUUGUCCUUUGAUUUAUAUACUUCUCUUGUUUUACAGCUUUAGCUAGGAGAAACAGUCGGUGUUUGGCUGCACCUAUUUGAGAUGCAAAAGUAGGAAGAGGUUAAACUGGAUUAAAAAAAAUAAAGAAAUAAAUAAGAGGAAAGGAGAGCAGCAGGAAAGCACCAGCCACCAAGAGACAGUGUGCCCAGUGAGCGCAGUGUGCCUGGUGUGCCCAGUGAGCGCAGUGUGCCCGGUGUGCCCAGUGAGAGCAGUGUGCCUGGUGUGCCCAGUGUGCCCAGUGAGCGCAAUGUGCCUGGUGUGCCCAGUGUGCCCCGUGUGCCCAGUGUGCCCCGUGAGCGCAGUGUGCCUGGUGUGCCUGGUGUGCCCCUUGAGCGCAGUGUGCCCGGUGUGCCCAGUGAGCGCCGUGUGCCCAGUGAGCGCAGUGAGCUUAUGUUUUCAAGCUUUCCAGUAUGCUUCUAUUCUGUUUCCACUGAAGUCUUUCACAAGCCUUUGAUUUUUUUUGUGUGUCCCAGUUUAGUAAUUUAUAUUCACAGUCUACAUCUGUAAACAGAAUCACAGUGUAUGGAGUUCAGGGGUGGGAUUUUGCUGUUGUCAGAGUAGUGUCACACGAGAACAUACAGAACAUGUGUGCCUUCGGCUGAGGCCACCCAGACCAUCUGUCAUCACUCAGUUCUUAACUGUGUAGCUCACUUAAGUCAAACUGUGUACUUUAAUCUAAAUGUGUUACUACUCUGUAUCCCUUAUCAUUUUAACACUAUGAGUUGCCUGUCUAAGAAAUCACAUAACCAAAUGCACCUAUCAGUGAUGGAGCAUUGUAGAUUUUCACGUCGGUCCAUAGCAGUAACUUUAAGAGGGCAUUGUGCAAUAGUUAGUUUUCCUGUUCAGCUACUUUAAAAGCUGCUUUAACUUGCCUGUCUGUCUGUGUAUAUAACUACUUCUAAUCACUAGAGUUAUUAUAUUCUGUUGUGUUUGACCAGAACUAUGUGAUGAGAACUCAUGGCAGUCGAAUGCCUCACAAUUGUGGGCUGUCUUCUUACAUGUUGGUCCAUUAGUUUUGAAAGAUUUGUCUUUGGCUAUCCCUUGGGGUAUCAGUAAAGUGAAUGAAGUCCAGUACCUGAUUUCAGCGCCCGCAAGACUAAUGUAGCGUAGACACAAGUCUUACUGAUAAAGCCCACAAGGGAACCAUCUACACUUGCCCUGUUUCUGGGGGCUCCAUCCAGCCACAUGUAGAGAGGGAGUGGUAAGCGGCUGGAAGCACAGUGUGUUUGUGGCCAAAGAGCCUCCAAGAUUCUCUCCCUGGAUCUGUCAGUAACUUGCUUUGUGACCUCUCUGUGCCUGUUUUUCCAUGCAUGAGAAAUCAAGUCAAAUCAAAUGGGGAUUCAGUAUCUGUAAGUGCUUUGAGAUCUUAGAUCCAGCGGUGCUAUUGGAGUACAAAUGUUAUCUCGCACAUUCAUUUAGAGUCAUGAUAAUCAGUUCUAACCCAAAGUCAUUGGAUUACUCAUAUGAAGUCCACAAUGUUCGAGUACCUCAGGGACACUUAAGAGUUGGAGGUGCAACUGUAUUCCAAAAGGGUGCGACAGACACAGCCUAUCCCCUGUUCCUGUUUUUUUUUUUUUGUAUAUUUUUGAUCCUUGGUUUUUCUUGAUCAUAGCUGUUUUGUGCUUGGUCUAUGUUGUCUAUGCAGUAAGUACCCUGUACUAGCUUAUAAUAUUCCCAUACCAAAGUCAUGGGGAAACCAACAUUAUUUUGUUUUGGGUUUAUUUAUACUAUAUUCUGCAUACAGUACUUUAAAUGCCAAUUACAGUGCAAUCUUUAUUUAUUGUAAAAAUUUUUAAAUGUACUUAUGUACUAAUUUGCCCUCGUAGCAUGUUAUAUUUUGUGUGUUUUAUACUUUUGUAAUUUUAAGUCAGUUUGUUCCUUGGCAGCAUCUGUAGUAUUAACCUUCUGACAUUUCCUUGUGUUUUUAAAGAUAAGAAGAGCGUCUAACUCAUUAAAUGCCAAAAAUCCCAUUAUCAGUGAUUGAAAGGUUUACAUGUACCCAGAAAACCGUAAUCAUCUCUCGAGAGUGCUAAGAUCAAUACAUUACUGUGUGCCUAUAUCAAUGUAGUUCAGUACUAGAGAGCUCUGUAUUUUGUUAUUGACUAUAAUAAUUAGUGUAAUUACACUUGUAAACUGAUGGUAUCAAGGUAAAUAUAUUUUUGCCAAAGUUCUGGCCUUCAGAAACUCAUCAUUUCAUCGAAGUGUGUCAUCUGACCCACUGUGACAUUACAUCUGCAUUUUCCGAGACAGGUGUAAGCAGGAGAGAGCAAACUCAGCGGGAUCACCUUUAGAGCUAUUUGUGGGGCGAGUCUUUUUUUGAAACACUUCAGCACUGCUGCUGUAGAGAAUUCUCUGAACUGGUUGAACGGUUUUAAAGGCAACAAUGCUUCCAGCCAAAGUCUCUGAGCAUCUGAUCUUCUGGAGAUUCCGUGCCCCAUGGCCAUCAGGGAGCUGAAGUGUGUGACUCUCGAGCAGACAGCACUUUAUUCUAUUGCUCUCCAUUAUUUGUUUUCAUUAUAAUCUCUUCAGUCAGGAAAUUACUCCUCUACAUGGCACUAUUUUCUAUCGCAAGUCUGUAUAUGUGCUAUGGAUAUAUAGCUAUAUAUAUAUAUAUAUUGUCAUUACAAAGGAACAGUAAGAUGAAGUGUUCUAUUAAUCUCCUUCUGCCCUUGACCAAGCGUAGGAGUGGCUUUCCCAUGCUCUGAGGCUUCUCUGUAUGUCACACGCAUCCCUGACACAAGAAAUUCCAGUCAUCUGAAGCAAACUGCCCUUUGUCCUCAAAGAAAAUGUUUAACAAGAAAACUUUUUUAAAGGCUAUUUUGCAUAUUUUCUGCCUUGUUUUUAUCAAACUUCAGAUGUUGACAUUUUCUAACCCUGUUUCUUCGGCUACAAUCACUCAGUAUUUGUGUCAAAAUUGAAAAGUGCCCUCAUAGAAUGUGUCUGAAUGUUAUCCUUGCACAAUUGUUUAAAUUGAAAGGCGAAAUGUUUUACCUCACUGUUGGACAUACAUUCCAAGCUUUUCGACUUUAGGAGAAAAAAAAUAAUCAUAUGUUUUCUUGUCUUGUAAAUUUUAGAUUAUUUCAUAUACAUUAUAUUAAAACUGCCAUAUCAAUUUUAAUGUAUAGAUUUUGCAAAUACUAUGCUAUAUGUAAUACCUAACUGUAUCUGUAGUGUAUAUGUAAUAUAUUUAUGCCCAAUAAAUGUUUUAAUUCUUUCUGA